AUGAUUCAAGUAGACUCCACCACCGUCACCAUAACGAAAAACCCUUACCAUUACACCGAUGCGAAGGGCGGUACUGUGCUCACCAAGCCCCUCACCUGGGAGCAGUUGCGCACCAUCAUAGCCACCAAUACGCUUCAGAACCUUGGGCGAUCCCUAUCGCAGCUCCAGGAGUACCGUGCGUUCCGGGAAACUCUCGCGGCCCAGAACAUUGACUUCUUCGGACAGGUGCUUGAAAAGUUGCACUGGAGCCAAGACGAAGUCGACGCCGUGAGAGCAUCCAAGCCCCAGCUAUUCACUCCCGCCGACGAUAUCGUGAUCCUCAAGAACGACUUCCCAUACUCGUUUGACCCGGAAAUCACCCAUCUCUUGGUGUGGUGCAAGGCGGAGAUCCCAACUGACCCAAAAUCAACCAUAGGGGACAUGUCGCCCGAAACACGGGCCAGAAUCAACCGGUGGAUGGAUGUGUGUUUUGUACAAAACCCAAAGUUGCAAAUCCCGUGGAAGAAUUUGUGCUGGUUCAAAAACUGGGCCGCGUUGCAGAGCAUUCCCAAAUUGGCCCAUAUUCAUUUAAUGAUCAGGGGGUUGAAACCAGAGCAGUUGGAAAUGAUCCUCAAGGACAAGGAGAGCUUGGUUAUGCUCCACGAGGAGUGA